AUAGUCUAGUUGCGCAAAUGGUGUGCAGUUUGUAAAAUGCGGGCGUUGUUCAUGUUGCUUCUAGCUUCUCAAGGAUACUACCAAGUGUUAGCGAAGACACAAUUACUGUUUGCAAAUGUUACUGGAACUGGACGAAAUGCAAGGGUGGAGGCAGAGUGUUACAAUGAUGAUUACAAUGACGCCAUUGCAUGGAUCACACCACCACAGAACAAUUACAUUUUGUCAAUGUCAGUUCUAUUGACUUUAAUUGGGAUAAGGCCGGAUGGGCUUCUGAUUUUGCCUAUAAAGGAAUGUUUGGGCCAAUCAUGGAUUACUCAUGGGAAACAUUCCCAAUUAUUAAAACACAAGGAGCCGAACUAAAAAAAACCUAUUACUAUUUUGAAAAACUAGACCCAAUAAAAAUAUUUAAUCAAUUCGAAUUAAAUUUUUCAUUUUUGGGAAAAUCAAAUGCACAAAUUUACAUGUGCACCGGUGCGCAAGUUCAAAAGAGUGCUUGCUUCAUAUUUAUUUUAGGCGGUUGGGAAGGAAAGGGGAGUAUUUUAAGACGGUGCAAAACUGGUACAUCACCUAUUAUCUCAAGUGAUAAAUUGGAUGGAUGUGAAAAUGUUGUUGAGAAAAAAGAACAUGGAUCACUCUUCUCAGAAGAUAAUUGGAGCCAUAUAUCAAUAAGAUAUUCUAAUCAACAAUUGCAAGUGAUUGUUGAUGACAAUUCAUUAAUGUUAUUCAAUGCAGUGAAUAACAGCGAAUUUAAUCAGUAUGAAAGAUUGUUCAUUCACUCAUAUAACGAGACCGCUUUAUGGAAAUAUCAUAAUUAUUUAUACCAUGAAGCUCGAAGUGUUAAAAAUGGGUAUAUAGAUAGCAAUUGGUUUCAUGUAAAUUCUGGUCAACUAUGCAUUUCGUUCUUUGCAAACUUUGAGAAAGAAACGACUAUAUCACUAUAUGGCUAUAGUGACAAUGACAUACCCAAGCAAAUUAAAACAUUCAAUUAUGAGGGUGAUAAAAACCUGCAAUGGAAUUACAAGACAUUCAAUAGUUCAGAAGUGGAAAACAAUACAUACAUAUUGCGUAUAAAUGUGGAUGAAGAAAAUAUCAUAGCAAUUCGAAACGUAAUACGUCAAGUAAACUGCGGAAUAACUAAACGUAAUCAAUUCCAUUCAUCAAUAUUGUCAUUCGAUGGUUUGCCGCUCAAAACAAAGUGUACAUCUCUUCGAGAAAAAAGCGCACAACUUGUAUUGAGACAAGCAAGUAACCGUAGCGACACUGAAAAACAGAACUCUUUGUGUACUACUUUGUAUAAUAAUACAGUUCGCCAACACCGAAUAAUAUGCAAUGAAGAAUUCUGUUAUUGCUCAAUGGGAUUCCAUGGAACUUAUUGUGAAAGUGCCUGUAACCCGGGAACUUAUGGAUUCAAUUGUGAAUCUAAAUGUGGAGAAUGCAAAUAUUCAACUAAUUGCAAUUUCAUAACUGGAGAAUGUCAACACGGAUGCAAGGAUAAUUAUAUUGGACCAAAUUGCAAACAAAGAGAUUUACCAGUUUUAAAUGACAUUGCAGGAAUUCAAACUGAAUGUAUCUCGGAUUGUACAAUAACAAUUUAUGAUAAUGAUAUAAAUUAUGAUGGAGUACAACAACCAACACAUUACUACACACGAUUAACAAAUCCGGAUAAACAAAUAACAGAGGGAGAAGUGACAUCAAUUAAAAGCCAUAUUAUUAAAUUCACCAAUUUAUUAAAAGGCCACAAAUAUUCUUAUCAAAUAGUACUUUGUGUCAAUAAUAACAAACGGGAAUGUUAUGCAAAAGACAAUAAAAGAUUUGAAUUUGAAACAAAAUGUGAAGAAAUUUCACAACAUCAAAUUAUAAUUAAAAGUGUUGAUAAACUCACCACUAUUACAGUCACUGAUUACAAUUCUGAAACUCAGUGUGACUUAAGCCAAUAUCAUUGGUCGUUGAAGGAAACAUCCAGAAAGAAAGAGAUACGCUCCGGAUCAUUAGAUGUAAAUAUAUAUUGGAAUGCAUUAAACCUAUUCACAAAUUAUUCACUGCAAUUGACGAGAAACAACAGAAUAACGAAUAACAUUUCAUUUACUACGGACGAAUCUAUUCCAAAUGCUGUUCAAAAUAUCAAGGCAGAGUCAAAAUCAUCAAAUACACUAGCAUUAAUAUGGGAUGAACCAUUUCCAGUUGUUGGUAUUAUCACCAAUUAUCUUGUCGAAUGGAAGUUUAUAGGCAAUAGGGAUUGUUCAAUAGAUACUAAAUCGCAGGAUAUCCUAUUUAGAAAUGUGACAGAACCAAAAAUUAAAUUAAGUAAUCUACAAUUUUAUUCAGAAUAUUACAUUUCAAUUUAUGCAUUUACUAAAAAAGGAAGAAGUAAAGUUGCAGCUAUUAUCGGGCUAACUGAGAAGGAUGGAAUUAAACUGAAAGCAUACAAGUACAAUGUGUAUCCUGCCAAAAACGCUGUAACAAUAUCACUGGUUAUUGACUGUAAUAAUUGGAAUGGUCCUGUUUCUCUGUAUAUAACUGCAACCUGUAAAAGCGAUUGGUGUGAUGGAAAAGUGAUAAAUGGAUCUAAAGUGAUAACAUAUAACGAUAUGAAUGCCAAAGUUCAAAACCUUAAUCCAUACACAAAUUACUCAGUUGCAAUGUAUUUGUGUGCAGACUCUAAUAAUGAUUAUCUUAAAUUAGGAUCUGUUGAUAUCAUGACACUAGCUAGUGUUCCGAAUCCGGUCCAAUUUGCGGAAGUAUAUAGUUCAACAGAGAAUAGUUUAUCGUUAAGAUGGAGUGCACCUUAUCCCCCAACUGGAAUACUAGAUACAUUUAUAUUAAAAUAUAAAUAUUAUAAACGUUGGAAUGGAUGGUUAAUUAAACAAACUUAUACAAUUGAGUCAUGUAAAAUCUGGACGAAUAUGUAUUGUACUACCUUGCACAAUCUUGAUAAUAGCUAUGAAUACCAAAUAUCAAUUACUGCACGCAAUAAGAAUGUUCCAGACGAGGGUACGCCAAUUGAAUUCAGUGGACCUACACGUAUUAGUGCACCCCAGCCGCCAUUAAACCUUCAAGCAAUUUGGGAUGAGUCGCAUUUCCUUCACUUGCAAUGGCAACAUCCGAACAAAACUAACGGUCCAUUUGUAAGAUUUGAUGUAAAUGUUAGUGGACAACGUUUUAAACAUCAAGUGUCGGAAAAUUUUACAUACACAGUAAAGACUUCUUUCCAAUGCAAACCUGAAAUCCAUCACGCAACAGUUAGUGUGCAAACAAUUAACUCAAAAUUUCAAUCUAGCCAAUUAUCUAAUACGUUUUCAUGCCCAGUCUUUAAGGCUACAUUUAAGUCCGAACCAGAAUUGAGAAACAUUGACAAUAACACUUUGAGUAUUUAUAUUCCAUCAAUCGAAAAUGCUGAAUCAAAUAGCAAUUUGUAUAUUAUUCUAAUAACUAAUCUGUCUGGUAAAGAAAGCAAUUGUAAAACAAGUACGGGAUUUAAACUGGAUGCAGUCAUACCAAUUGAAGAACAUGAGAGUUGUCAGAUUAUCGGCAACUAUGGACAAGUUCAAUACAAAGAGAUUGAAGAAACAGAAACAAACGUUACCUUUAGCGAAGCACCAGAAUAUAAUUUUAAAACAGAAACUUACGAUUUGAACAUACUAAUAGUAAACGAAUUUAAUGGUCAAAUGUCGCAUGCUUUGUACCAAGUAGCAACAAACGUGGCCAAAAAGCCGGAUGACAAGCAAAAUACUGCCGGCUUUAAUUUCUGGUGGCUUGCACUCAUCUUUGCACUAAUUGCCCUCUUCGCAGCCGGAGGCUUUAUAUGGUAUAGACAACCUGUUUGGCUGACCAAAUUCUUAUUUUCCGCCGAUACAAGCAACCACAUCGACGAGACGAAACCCGACCUCAUUCCAUUGACGCAACAAGUAACAACAACUGCAACAACUACCACUACCACAACACCAAUAACAUCAAGGACAACAACACCGCUCAUUAAACCACCGGUACCUGCAAAACCAUCCAUUAGCUUAAUUCCUGUCUCAACCCUGAACGUGUACGUGAAGCAGGCAUCACUAAGUGGUGAACUCGAGAAUCAACACGAAAAGUACCAACGAGGAAUGCAAAAGAAAGCCGAUUGCGGCAAACAGAAGGAAAAUUUUCCAAAAAAUCGCUACAAAAACUUGAUUGCAUACGAUCAUUCCAGAGUCAUCUUGAAGCAAAUCAAUGGAAAACCUUCUUCGGAUUACAUCAACGCUAAUUAUAUUAAGGGUCCCACCUGUGAAAAAGCAUACAUUGCCACUCAGGGACCAAUCGAUUCAACCAUCUACGAUUUCUGGCACAUGAUAAUAACAGAACAAGUGGAACAUAUCAUCAUGUUAGCAAAUUUAGUAGAAACAGGAAAGCAAAAAGUAAGUCCCUAUUGGCCAGAUUUCAAAAAAAUUAACAAAGUGAAUGUCUUGGACGACAUCACAAUCACCGCCACCAGCGAGAAAUUUUUCUACAAUUACGUCCUGCGUACAUUCAACGUGAAACGCGGCAUAAUUAAUACAGAAGUAACCCAAUUACACUUUACCAACUGGCCUGACCACGGGGUACCUUUAUAUCCAGCAAGUCUGGUACCAUUCGUCAAAGCCAUCUUCAAUAUUCCACAUUCCGAAAAGCAUCCUAUUCUGGUCCAUUGCAGUGCUGGUGUGGGACGAACCGGUACAAUCAUCCUGAUUGAUAUUUUACUGCGUCAGGCAAUGGCGACCAACCAAGUGGACCCAUUCCAUGAACUGGGCAAAUUGCGUGAACAACGUGCCAAUCUGGUCGAUAAUGUCGAGCAAUACAAACUGGUCCAUCUCGUAUUACUGGAGUAUGUCAAUCCGUAUGAAACAACGCAUUCCUGUGAAGAGAUCGAAGCUAUAUACGCGGGUCUCACUGAUAAGAAACUAAAGAAUUUACUCGAGUACAUCGAGGAGUCCGCGUGGCAAGAGUCCGCCAUCUUUGAACAACCGCGCAGCUUCCUCAAAGCGGACCCGACGAAAACCCGGGAUCCUGAAAUUGUUCCCGGAAUGUAUGGGAUUCUUUACCUGCGGCCACGCACAGAGAGUGAUUCGAGGUUUAUCAACGCUGUGACUGUUGAUGGGUUCAACGAACCGAAAAGGUUCAUAUCCACGCAGCAUCCACUACCGAAUACCAUUGAAGACUUUUGGAGGUUGGUGAUUGAUCAGGAGAUCAAAGUCGUGGUUUCCUUACAAAACGAAUACGAUGUGGAGUUUUGGAAAAAUGGCGGUGAUUUGAUAACUAAAGGAGGAUCUUUGAUUGAGCACAUAGAAGAAGUCAAUCUGACAGAAUUCUAUAUGCACUCGUUGGACGUGACAUUGAAGAAUGAAAAGAAGCAUGAUAUUAAACUUAUUGAGUUGGAGAACUGGGGCGUGAAUGACGUGUUACCCAAAAACCUCAAUUCGCUUAUUUCUGUUUGGAGGCAGGUGAAUGGGAUCAAGUUACUGGAGUCAAAUAUAUUGGUUAUGUGCAGGAAUGGAGCUAGUGCUUGUGGGUUGUAUAUUGCAAUGACAAACCUUUUGGAUCGUAUGCAGGGUGAACAAGUGGUGGAUGUGUGCAUGUCCGUGCGUACAACACGACGCAGCCGGAAACAAUUUGUUAAUAACAUUGAACAAUUGAGGGCACUUUAUCGACUGGCUGUGCUGCAUCUAAGCGAGUUUGACAUCUACUCCAACUUUACGCCUAUCACGCAUGCGCCAAAGAGAGCUUGAUGCUUAGUUACUUAAUUCGUAAAUUCUAUUCAUAAAAAUUAACAUGGUUACAGGUAGAGUUAGAGCUUCAAACCGUAAACCGUAAAAUUCUAAAGGUUGUAAUCGUAAUUGUAAUUGAAUUCCAAUUCAAACUUCAUUGCGUUUUAGAUUCGUAGGUCAUUCUUAUGCAUUGUUUUGUAAUGCGCGUUUUUUUAUAUAUAUAUAGAAUAUAGUGGUGUGUGUUAAUAUUUACAA